GACCGACUGCAGAGGCCGCGCCGCCUCCCCCGCCCGAGGUCUGCGCGCUCCGCCGCAGGGUGCAGAUCGGGGGCGCCCGCCUGGGUUUGGGGCGCAAGAGCAGAGGUGGAGCCAGGGCGGAGCCAGCGCGCCCCGUCCCCCCUCUUUCCAAUCGAAAGCGAAACGGAGGGCUGGAAAGGAAGGGCGGAGCCGGCCUGGAGGCCCCGCCCCCUGCCCUGAGAGGCAGCUGGACAGACGGGCGCACCCAGGUAGGGGGACGCUGAGCGCCCAGUGCGGACCCUCGCGGGGACCUGCGCCGCCACCAUGUCUCAGGAAGGUGUGGAGCUGGAGAAGAGCGUCCGGCGCCUCCGGGAGAAGUUUCAUGGGAAGGUAUCCUCCAAGAAGGCGGGGACUCUGAUGAGGAAGUUUGGCAGCGACCAUACCGGAGUGGGGCGCUCCAUCGUGUACGGGGUAAAGCAGAAAGAUGGACAGGAACUGAGUAAUGACCUGGAUGCCCAGGACCCCCCAGAGGACAUGAAGCAGGACCGGGACAUCCAGGCGGUGGCCACCUCGCUCCUGCCACUAACAGAAGCCAACCUACGCAUGUUCCAACGUGCCCAGGAAGAUCUCAUCCCUGCCGUGGACCGGCAGUUCGCCUGCUCCUCCUGUGACCAUGUCUGGUGGCGCCGCGUGCCCCAGCGGAAGGAGGUGUCCAGAUGCAGGAAAUGCCGGAAGCGCUACGAGCCGGUGCCCAGUGAUAAGAUGUGGGGUGUGGCUGAGUUCCACUGCCCGAGAUGUCGGCACAACUUCCGGGGCUGGGCACAGAUGGGGUCCCGGUCCCCCUGCUACGGGUGCGGCUUCCCCGUGGAUCUGACACGGAUCCUCCCUCCACGCUGGGACCGGGACACAGAUCGCCGCAGCACCCACACCCACUCCUGCUCGGCUGAGGACUGCUACAAUCGGCGAGAGCCCCACGUGCCUGGGACGUCCUGCGCACACCCCAAGAGUCGGAAGCAGAACCACCUGCCCAAAGUCCUGCACCCCAGCAACCUCCACAUCAGCAGUGGCUCCACUGUGGCCACCUGCCUGAGCCAGGGGGGCCUCCUGGAAGACCUGGACAACCUCAUUCUGGAGGACCUGAAGGAGGAGGACGAGGGCGGGCACGGGGAGUGACCCCUGCCAGGUGCAGAUGCAAACCAGACACGGUCUGUGCAUAUUUUGUGUUGUUAUAAAAUACGAGCUCAAAUGGA